CUCUAAUGUUCGGCACGUAUAUGACCUUAUUGUGUUGCAAGUGCCGUAAAACACUUACCAAAACAAUACAGAUCAACGGGUCGCAGUGUUUAGUGCAGUUUAAGUACGUACAUUUCAUUGCGGAUCGGAGGGGAAGAUCUCGUGUUUAUGUGUUCAGAUAUAUACAAGGGGAGAACACUCUUGUAGCCGGAUCCUACACAGAAGCAACCACCAAGUGAUAUCUCCCAACAGCAGGGCUUAUGGCUGCUGGUGGUAGUGGUGGCGGUGGUGGCGUGGCCUAGAUUCGGCUGGGGUCCCCCCUUUGCGUGCUACAAAACUCAUAAACAUGUGACACUUUGAAACUGUUGCAGAUUGGACUACUGCUGUCAACCUCUCCCAAACCCUGUCUGCGCAUGUCCGGGCUCACGUUAUCAGUGACGUCACUGCUCCAAGAAGGAAAACGAGGCCCAACAGGCUGAGGUGUAACGCGAGCAGUUUAUGGUAUCUCGCCGCCCUCUCUCCCUCCCUCUCUCUCUCUCUACAAUCUUUACAACCCAGAGGCGCGCCUAUCUUAUCUGCAGGCACAGAAACUCUGUUGACAAAACUUGGCUGAUAAUUUGGGGUAGGUCACCAAUCCACAUACCCACGGAAUUUUAUUAUCUUUGUCUGCCAGAGGAGUCCCCCCAAAAAAACCGUGGAUAGCUUGUGUUUUGAUUCUGCUUUUCCGUUCGAUGCCAAUUUUUGCUGGCCACUGGAAACCCGGAGGACUACUUUUCCCAGCGCAAGCUUCCUUCCUCUCGUUGGCUGCUACGUGUUGUGGUCGCGCUACUGCGCAUGGUGGUGGUGAUUUAUGCAAAUGAGGGGGCCUGUCCCUGUAGCUGAAACCUAAUAUUUGUGUGAUCUUCAAGCUUGUCCUUCCGAGGAAAGUGCUACACGGGAUGCGUCCAUCCAUAUUCUUACACCCGCCAGCUCCACCCCCGAGCUAUUUAUAGUAUAGCCACCCACGGCCCGUGACCCCCACACUGAGAGAGACACCGGAAGAGGAGGGCAGACAGAAACUGCUACUGACGUCACACAGUCGCCACCACCCCGAGCCACGCCCCCUCGCUACCGGAAACCGGCCCGCCGUCUAUGACGUCACUCAUGUCUCAGAGCGACUACUGGUGUAAAAAACCGGCAGCGGCUUCCCCUAGAUCUGCCGGCUCCGGGUCGAACCCCAGAUCUCUGAGAUCCUCCCCCGUCGCCGCUACCGCUAACACUGGUGGUGGGCAACAAGGGAGUACUCUUACAGCCUUAUCGGAAUCAAACACCGGUAUUAGUAGUAAUAACAACAAUAACGGUAAUAAUUGUAGUAGUGGUAAUAGUAAUAAUAGUAGUAAUAAUAAUAACAAUAAUAACAACAGCUCCCCGGCGCACGGUAACUGCACGCCCAGAGCCUCUCCUUCGGGUUCGAACUCCCGCCCUACGUCUGUAGGCCCGACGACGUCGUCAUCAACCGCUGCAGGAAUCCACCACCACUCCCACCCCCACCAGCAACAGUCUCCGUCAUCUCGUCCUGCCUCCGUGUCAGGCAACCCGUCCCCCUUCUCCUCUGCGUCAUCUCCUGUUGGCGCGUCUCCUUCCCGAGACUACAGCAGACCCGCUGCCAACUCCUCCCCGGGAAGUAGCUACUUUGUCAAAAGAGAGCCCAGUGACGUAGGAGAUACGUCAUCAACAGGUGUAGACAACAGGAGGCAGGAAGCGGAAGAAGCCAGAGCGGCGUUUCAGAUCCAAAACCCCAACGCGGAAGAGGUAGAGCGGAAGUACGCGGAGAGUUUAUACCCAGCUGGUGAAGGAGGAGGAGGAGGAGGAGGGGAAGGAGGAGGAGGUGGUGGUGGAGGACCUCCAGGAAGAGGUAGCGUGGAUAAGCAAGACGCUGCUAGUGUGAGGGAGUUCAAGUUCCAGUCUUUCGUGAAGACUCGGUCGCCGGGAACGACUCAGUCUCGCUUUCAGCCGGAGGAGCUCGGGCCUCUACCGCCCCAGGCUGUCGCCGUUCACAGCGGAAAUCCGGCGGUGCCUCAAGAGUACAUCGUUAACGGCAGUAGUCUCACCAGCGGUAGUACUGUCCGAGUGCUUUCGCAACAGCAGCAGCAGCAACAGCAGCAGCAACAGCAACAGCAACAACAGCAGCAACAUCAUCAACAACAACAGCAACAGCAGUCACUGCAGGUUCAAAGCCACGCGUCUCAAAACAUCUUACAAUCCGUGAGAAACCUCAGCCCUUCUGCUCAAGCCGACUCGAAAGUGACGUAUUCUGAUCUGCAGGGUCAGCAUCUUCACCACUCUCACCACUCUCCAUCCGCGUCGGCGUCCACCCUCCCCAAAUCCCUCCCUAAUUCAUCCUCGUCGACUUCGUCCUCACCGUCUUCCUCCUCCUCCUCCUCUGCCGCGCAUCACCACCACCACCAACAACACAAUAACAGCGUUCACCACCCUCACGAAAGCCCCCUCUCCUCCCAUCUCACCCCCUUAGGACACCAACCACAACACCCGCCUGCCGCCCACCUCACACCUUUGGGACAUCAUCUCCAACAACAACAGCAACAACAUCAGCAACAACAGCAACAAACCACCCCAGGAGGAGGAGGAGGAGGCAGCGGUCAGUACGACACAUCAGAACUCCUCCUACCCACUGAAGACGUGGAGGUAUUCUUCGACCACCUGGACAACACGCGACCCGUGCAGGUCAUGGCCACAGCCCAGUACCCUUCGACCUCUGACCCCCAAGGCGCGGGCAGCAUGAGCUACAGCUCGCUCACCAACUCCCCGCUCAACUCAGCCGGCUCCCAGCACGCAGCCAUGUACCACCCCACGUCACGCGGAGCGAGGUUACUCACCCUCCAGCCGUCCACCUACACCACUGACCCAUCACACAUAGGCGCACAGGGAGGCUCCACAACCUACCACAACCUACCCCCGAUGCCCUCCCUCUUCGCCUCCUCCUCCUCUCGACCCAACGCCCACACACCCACCGGAAGCGGCAACGGAGGCGUCUAUAGCAACAACGGCCACGGUCAAGGACAUUCGCCAUCGCCCCAGCACAUGGUCUCCGGCCAGGCUUGGGGUCCACCAGCCCCAGAAGCUGUCUACACCAACCUCAGCUCUCCUAUGUCGGAGUCUCAGAAGUACCAGUACAUGACCUUAGAAGCCGGAGGGGCGGGGCUUUCUCUCAUAAGCCACGCCCCUCCCAGGACAGAGUCGGUGUUGUCCAGGCAGUUGUCACAACCGCCAGUCUUGGACAUCUACAGCACGGCGGCUCAGCGCGUGGUGGGAGCACCCGGUGGUCCGGGAAUUCCUUCUGGGGCGCCGUAUGGAACCCCCGACAUGCAGACGUGGAACUAUGCCGUGCUUCCUGACACCCGGGCCAUGAAAGUGGUGGUCACUUGGUGGUCAGAGAAGUCUGAAGUGAUUGGUCAAUAUAGACGCUCUCAGUACUCUCACGGGGCGGUGAAGGGCGGCCUGCAAUAA